UUGCCAUUUUACGAGUGUUAUCGUCUCGCGUGAAAUGGCGGCAUCUUCUCCUCUGCUUUUGCACUCCUCGGCCUCCUCUUUCCACAGCGAAUUUCCGGCCCAUUCCAUUCGAUUACCGGCCGUAAAUGCCAAGGUUUUAGCCCUGCCCAAUAAAUUGACAGUGAAAGCCUCAUCAGGGAUAGUAUUGGUGGAUAAAAGUGAAGCUGAAAAGGUUAAUCGCCUGAAAACAAAUUACCUCGAAAAGAUUGUUCCCAUGUUGAAGGACGAAUUCAAUUACACCAAUAUUCACCAGGUUCCGAAGAUUGAAAAGAUUGUGGUAAAUUGUGGUAUUGGAGAUGCUGCACAAAAUUCAAAGGGUUUGGAUGCCGCAAUGAAUGAUUUGGCACUAAUUACUGGGCAAAGGCCAGUGAAGACGAGGGCUAAGAAUGCUAUUGCUACUUUCAAAAUUAGAGAAGGUCAACCGCUUGGAAUCGCUGUUACACUUCGAGGAAAUGUGAUGUUUUCUUUCCUUGACCGGUUAAUUAAUCUUGGGCUUCCUCGAACGAGGGACUUUCAAGGUGUAAACCCCAAUAGCUUUGAUGGUCAUGGAAAUUAUAGCAUUGGCUUUCGUGAACAGAGUGUCUUUCCAGAGCUAAGUUAUGAUGCUCUUGGUAAGCCAAGAGGAAUGGAUGUUUGCAUAACAACAACAGCUGAGACAGAUAAAGAGGCACAUAGAUUACUGGCCCUCAUGGGUAUGCCAUUUAGAGAAGGUGCUGUUGGGCAGACAAAUGUUAUGCGAAAGAAAAAGCUUAGAGCUCACCAUUUUGACUCAAAGGCAAAGCAAAGGUCUAGGAGAUGAGGUUGAUCUAAUUUCCAGGGAUAAUUGAGUUGAUUUGUUGCAUUUUUUGCUCUUCCAGCAUGGUUUUCGAUUUUUUUAGCGUACAAUUGGAAUGGAAAAAUCUGUACUUGCACAUUUACUAUCAUGUUGGUGAUAUCUUGAAGAUACAUGAUUUAUGUUUUUCUCUUCAUA